UUUCUUCGUACUUCACACUCUCCAGUUUGGUACCAUAAGCUUCCUACAAGCUACAGGAUUUGGAUUUUGUCGCUCAAGAGCAGAUUCCCAGUAAAACCAAAAUAAAACAUGGCGAAAUACGAGGAGGUUUCCGUUCAUGGUUACGAGGAGUUUUGUAAAGCGGUGUCUGAACGGAAGGGAAAAGACAUAUUCGCUUACUUUUCUGGAGAUAAAGAUGAACAGGGCAAGAGCUGGUGUCCAGACUGUGUGAAAGCAGAGCCAGUAGUCAGAAGAGAGAUGUCUCAUCUUCCAGAAGGAUCUGUCUUCAUUUACUGUCAAGUAGGAGACAGACCCUACUGGAAGGAUCCAAACAAUGACUUUAAGAAGACUCUAAAGCUGACGGGUGUACCCACACUACUGUGCUACGGCACGCCCCAGAAGCUGGUUGAGGAGGAGUGUUUUAAAGCAGAUCUGGUUCGAAUGAUGUUUACAGAGGAUUAGCGUCCUUAGAUACUGCUGUACACAUGCGAACCGUCCAACUUUUUCAACGAUCAAUGUGAUUCCAGUGCUGUCACUUCAACUGUGUUCUGUGAUGUUAAUCUUGAAUGUUCAGCAAAACUAAUUGAGACUCUGGAAUUGUGCAUUUAGUUUGUCCUGUGUUGAUUGUACAUGGUUUUAAAGCAUUGUGGAUGUCAAAACGGUGUGAAUCAAAGGGAGCUUUAAACAAACUUUAAAGUGAUUUUCAAAAAAUAUUUGACACUAAGACUGAAGAACUAAAGGAAUUAAAGUAUGAGCACACAUGCAUAAUGAAAGUGUUUUACAGUCCAGUUAUGCACAAAAAUAUUUAAAGACGAGAUAUCUGUUUACUAUUUCCAUUUUACUUGUUUUUGUGUAAUCUGAACAAAAUAAAAUAUAUUUCAAAAAGAGUAUACAUAUCUGCUUUUGUUUGUUUUAAAUGUUACUGUUAUAUUCAGUGGUAACUGUAUGUCGGUAUGCCUUUUAAAUCAUGAUAUCUGCUUGUAUUUGUAUACUUGUGCUGAUAUGUAGCAGAAUAUUAAGCAAUACAGUUUUUCCCUCAGAAUGUGGAUGUUUAUUAUACAUGAUCUGUUUUAGUCAAUAUAAAGUGAUCUUUCACAGGUCUGUAUUUACUGGUCUGCCCCACUUCUGCUUUAACUGAUAAUUCAAGUGUACAUGGUAUGCAUGACAUAAUUACUGUGACAUCACUGGUCUACAAUGCUUACAUGCAAGCUGACCAGAACCACAUACAAAUUUGUGUAUGAAACCGUUACUUAAAAUACUAUAAUAAAUUAAACAU